UCAUGCCGAUGCUGUUUGCAAUAAAAAAUGGGCUGCCUCUCUGAUCUCCUCGGCGGAUAUCUUGGCUUGCUCCGCCGUCUGCUUUACUACAUCGGGCAACUUGUUCAGAGCUGCAGUGUUAGAAAUCGUAUGCUUAACCUGCACAUACACACAUCGACACUCCAUUAGCACUCCUUCAGAUCGGCUCCUUCCUCACGUAUGCGAGUGUGAGCAUAUGAGUGCAUGCCAAGAAAGGUUGGUAUGUGUUUGCGGGCUUUACCGCGGCGAUUGCGUCGCAGAAACCGAGGCCGGCGGCCCCUUGCGCAGCGUCCUUGGCUUUGCCCGGGAACUCUUUUGCGGCGUCGAUCAAGACCCGAACCUCCUCUGCCAACCUGCAUACAUUGAUAUAAGACAGCAUUCGCCUGGAAAGCGUCCUUUGACCUGUUGCAUUUACGUGCCAUAGGCAGGUGUGUGAUCGAUUGUUUACGGGUCUUACGCGGGGAUUUCUCUGAUGGCGGUAGCGGACGCGUUAAGAGAAGGUCUCGAGGGCAU